UGCGCUCUUCAAAAUGUCAAUGAAGGGAUUAGACUAUUUUUAUUUCGAGGUUGUUUUGGUUUUAUAAUUUAAGGGGAAUUUGCGUGCAAUAAACUUGAAUUUACGUGGUUUAGAUUUAGGAUAAUGGGAAGAACUAUAGUACUAUAAAUAUACAUACCAGUGAUUACUCCGUAAACAAUAGCUUGGUGAUGGAUAACGUAACUGAAAAAUUAGUGCAAUGUUUUGGUCACAGAAAGUUCAAAAGUGAACUUCAAGAAAGGGCUGUGCGAGCAGUUGCGAGAGGUGUUCAUGAUGUAUAUAUUUCAAUGCCAACAGGUUCAGGAAAGUCAUUGUGCUUCCAACUACCUGCUAUGUUGCAGGACAACAAAGUUGCCAUUGUAUUUUCACCCCUCUUAGCACUAAUUAAAGAUCAAAUAGACCACUUGACAAAAAUAAAAAUCUCUGCAGAAUCUAUCAACUCAAAAAUGACAACUAAAGACAGAGAAAGAGUUUUAAAUGACCUCCGCAGCAUGAAACCAGAUACAAAGUUCUUAUAUGUCACACCAGAGCAAGCAGCUACAGAAACAUUUAAAUCAUUAAUAGAGCAUCUAGUCAAGUAUAAGAAAGUUUCUUACAUAAUAGUAGAUGAGGCCCACUGUGUUAGUGAGUGGGGCCAUGACUUUAGACCUGAUUACUUAAAGUUAGGCAACUUGAGAGAGAAGUAUAGAAGCAUUCCAUGGGUAGCUCUCACUGCAACUGCUAGUGCUGAAGUGGCUAAGGAUAUAUUGGAAAAUCUCAAACUUUUACUACCAGUUGCUCAAUAUAAAACACCCAGUUUUAGAAGGAAUCUUUUCUAUGAUGUUGUAUAUCAAAAUUGUAUACAGGAUGAAAUUGGGGACCUAGUCGACUUCCUUAAGAAAAAUUUAAAUGAUGAUGAAAGUGUUAAGCCUAAAGACAAAAAUGUUGCAAUUGUUUACUGCAGAACAAGAGAACAGACAGAAGAAAUGGCUAGCAUGUUGACCAAAAAAGGGCUAAAGUCUCUGGCCUAUCAUGGAGGUUUAAAGGCGGCAGAUCGCGUGUCAGUGCAAGAGCAAUGGUCGAAUGGAGAGUGUGGUUGUGUAUGUGCUACAGUUUCGUUCGGCAUGGGUGUGGACAAGGCAACAGUACGAGCAGUGGUGCAUUGGGGGCUUUCACAAAACGUUGCAGCUUACUACCAGGAGUCCGGACGAGCGGGUCGAGACGGCAAACCAGCCUUUUGCCGUAUUUACUAUUGUCGCACUGAACGGAAUGCGGUAGAUUUUCUUAUAAAAUCUGAACUUGCCCGAUCUAAGACUCCAGAGCAGAAGCAACGUUGUAAGAAUGCAUACAAAAGUUUCGAAAUUAUGGUCAAAUAUUGUGAAGAAGUCAAAUGCCGUCACAGGAUGUUUGCGGACUACUUCGGCGAGGAAGUGCCGAAGUGUUUAAGUCGAUGUGACGUAUGUAAAGAUGCGCGCGCAGUUCGUCGCGCGCUCGAACAACAUCAGCGACGUGCGAUGAGCGCCACGAUCGGUCAGGGCGGCUUCGUCACGCACACCGACCCUUCCGAAUUGUACGGGGAGGGGAGACAGGGGCAAAUGAAGGAGACUCAAUCUUAUAUUGGCGAUGCUAGUGACGAGUCUGACGGCGAAAGUGACCGGCGGCGCGUCGCCGACGAAACGAGGUCUCUUAUCAUAAAGGAGUUUGCUAAUAGGAAGAAGAAUCUCGAGAAAGAUAAAAACCGAAACAAUAACCCUGAAGCUGCCAAAUAUUCUAAAUGCAAAGCAGCUGAAAGUACAGAAAAUAAGGUUAAUGGUUUGUCAAUAACAGGACGUGAAAGUUACCUAUCAUUGCUAACAGAUGCAUUAAGAAAUAAUCUUGAAGGUCUUAAAGGUAUUGAUGAACCACAAAAUAAAUUAUCACGUCAAGAUAUAGAAGAAUGUGCUGUGGAACUGGAGUAUGGAGCAUUUUCGAAAAGUACUGUUAUUAGUCUGUACAGAAGGGCUAUGACAAAAUUGAUAUCUUCCGUUAGAGCGUGUAAAGACACUUUGUAUCCAGACCUAAAGACAUAUGAGCCAAAGAAACGCGAAACACUUUCCGAAUUUGUAAAGGAUUUUGAAAGGAAAAAGGAAGAGUCACAAAAAAGUCAUGGGUUUAUAACUGCAUCACAACUACAAAAUAACAAUAUGGAAAAUAGUAUGGAACCGAAAUCACUCUCCAAAGCUGACAAGGAAAGUAAACGAAAAGCAAAUUCUUUCAAAAGAGAUCCAUUAACCCAAACUAAGCUGCAAAGCUUCUUCUCAGGAACAAAAUCACAAGAAUCUCCAAUUCCUACUUCAGACGACAGUGAAGAUGACGGAGGACUAGUUAUAGACGAAAACGUAAGACCUAAUCAUAAUGAUUCUACAUUCAAACUGGAAGAAAAAGAUGCUGCAGAUGAAGAUAAAGUAGCAGAAAGUGACAACGAAUCCAGUAUUGGAAAACGUACAAAAACUUUAGUCAUAAACAUAACUUUACAAGGUAUACCAAGCAAAGGUAAAGAUGACAAAAAGGAUAAGGAAACUACUUCAAAUAUCAAUAAUGAAUUAAAGAUGGAGGUUCCGUGUCAGAAAACAAAGCCUACAGCUAAAAGAAAAAUAAAAGCUUUGUUUGGUGAAUCUUCUGACAGCGAAUUAGAAUCGGACGACAUUAAAAGACUAAAACUUUCACAAGAUGCUUUUGAAAAACAAUCACCGGAAAAGAAAUCUGAAAAAUCGAGUUCUAAUAAAUCCAAAAAGAGGCACAAGGAAAGGAAAUCAUCACAGUCUGAUACUGAUCGCGAAAAAACAGUAAAAAAACACAAAGAUAGAAAAUCUUCGCAAUCUGAUACAGAUCGUGAAAAAAUACUUAUAAAACACAAAGAUAGAAAAUCUUCAACAUCUGACACAGACCGUGAAAGAAUUGUUUUAAAGCAUAGAGAAAGAAAAUCACAUUCUAUGGAUAAAGGAAACUGUAUUACCAAACACAAAGAUAGAAAGUCUUCACAAUCGGAUACAGAUUUGGACAAGAUAAUUACAAAAAACAAAGACAAAAAAUCUUGCCAAUACAAUAUAGAUCGAGAGAAGACAACUUCAAAACAUAAAAAUAGAAAAUCAUCACAGAGCGAUACUAGUCGAGAGAAAGUAGAUUUAGAGAAUAAUGAUAUAAAACGUUCACAAUCUGAUAAUGAUAUUUUGAUAAAUGAUAAGACAUGCGGUGAUUCACAAAUAAAUGAUAAUGAUGAUACUCUUAUUCUUAGUACAAACAUAUCGGUUGAAAAAGUUCAAUGCGAUGAUGAAUUAUCGUUAGAUGAUGAUGACCAAAAUCAAUUAAACAACACAAAUGACACAACCAAUAAGCAAAGUAAAUAUUAUGAACCAUUGGCAGAGAAACCACUAGAUAAAGCACACCAACUUAGUUUAGAGGCAGAUAAAGUGUUACAGGCGCUCAAACAGUUUUCAGAAAUAAAAUCUGAUCCUGAAAUUUCUGAAAAUUUAAAAAGUAAUGAAAAAGUAAGUGACCCCAAAAACGCAAUUGUUACAUUAAAAUCACCCACUAAGCACGGUACAAAAGAUAAUGAUAAGGAUAGACUGACAUUUAGUAGCUGCAUUAAAUCGUCUGAGAGGCACAAUAAAGAUUUAGGUAAGGAACACUUAAAUAAUAAAGACAAGAUGAAAGUUGAAAAAGAGCUAAGAAUAGAUAAAAGUGAACAUUCAUCUAAUAAGGAAAAAAGAACAGAAAAGGCCUAUAAAAACAAAGAGCGAAGAAAAGAUGAAGAUUCAAAAAAGAAAGACAAUGCAACCGGUAAGGAAAAGAAAACCGAAAAAGUUGAUGUUGCAGGAUUAGUAGUUAAGUUAUUAAUGCCUUAUUAUAAGAAGAAGAAAAUAAAUAGUCGUGACUUAUUUAAGAUUACUGCGAGGCACAUAGUGCAUCAAUUACUCGCUAUACAAGUUACUGAAGAAGCAGCAAUAAAUAUGUUAUUGAAGAAAACGUUUAGCAAUAAAGAACUAAUAAUUGAAAACGAAAGUGACCUAGAAAAAAAGUUAAUUCUCAGCAAUAACUUGUAAUAAUUUAUUGAAUUUGUAUUUAUUAAUUGUUAAGCACUGUCGUGCAUACAUUUCAUAAUUAUUCUUGUAUGCUGUUCAUCACUAUUAUCACAGUUAUUUAUUACAGAGUAUGAGUUUUA